CAUAGUAUUUAACAAAAUGUCGGAUUCGGAAAGUAAUAUGUCCGACAGCGGAUCUGAAGAUGGAUCUGUCGGCUCCAAUAAAUCACAGAAAAGUGUACGCUCUAGAUCCCGUUCACCCAUACGUUCCAGAUCGGGUUCACGUUCCGUGUCCCGAUCACGCUCAAGAUCUCAUUCCAGAUCGCGUUCCCGUUCAAGAUCUCGUUCACGGUCGCGGUCUCGUUCCAGAUCACGGUCCGUUGCCUCAGAGUCGGGUUCCGAAGGUUCGGUAAGAGGUCAUAAGAGGGCACGCGACGAAGAGGAGGAAGAAGAAGAAGGUGAUGAUGUUGACUCGGAAGAAUAUGAGGAAGACGAGGAGGAUAGACAUCGGAAGAAAAAGAAGAAGGAUCGUUUUGGUGGAUUUAUUAUUGACGAGGCCGAGGUCGAUGAUGAGGUUGAUGAAGACGAAGAAUGGGAAGAAGGAGCCAACGAAUUGGGUAUUGUGGGUAAUGAAAUUGACGAAUUGGGUCCAACGGCCCGUGAUAUUGAAAUUAGACGACGUGGCACCAAUCUUUGGGAUACCCAACGAGAAGAUGAAAUCGAGGAAUAUUUACGCAAGAAAUAUGCUGAUGAAUCGAUUGCCAAGAGACACUUUGGUGAUGGUGGUGAAGAAAUGUCUGAUGAAAUUACCCAGCAAACUCUAUUGCCCGGUAUUAAGGAUCCCAAUUUAUGGAUGGUAAAAUGCCGCAUUGGAGAAGAAAAAGCCACCGCUCUUUUGUUGAUGAGAAAAUUCUUAACCUAUUUAAAUACCGAUGAACCAUUACAAAUUAAAUCUGUGGUCACACCCGAAGGUGUUAAGGGUUAUGUUUACAUUGAAUCGUAUAAACAAACUCAUGUUAAGGCAGCCAUUAAUAAUGUGGGUAAUCUGCGUAUGGGCCAAUGGAAACAAGAAAUGGUACCCAUUAAAGAAAUGACAGAUGUCCUGAAAGUGGUUAAAGAACAAGCUGGCCUAAAGGUAAAACAAUGGGUUAGACUCAAGAGAGGUCUAUACAAAGAUGAUAUUGCUCAAGUGGACUAUGUGGAUUUGGCCCAAAAUCAGGCGCAUUUGAAGUUAUUGCCACGUAUUGAUUAUACCAGGAUGAGAGGAGCUUUGAGGACCACAGCAAGUGAUGCUGAUAAGAAUAAAAAGAAACGUAGGCCUCCAGCCAAACCUUUUGAUCCUGAAGCUGUGAGAGCUAUUGGUGGUGAAGUCCAUUCCGAUGGUGACUUUUUGUUGUUUGAAGGCAAUCGUUAUUCCCGCAAGGGUUUCUUAUAUAAAAAUUUCACCAUGUCGGCCAUACAGGCUGAGGGUGUUAAACCCACUUUGGCGGAAUUGGAAAGAUUUGAAGAGACACCAGAAGAUGUAAAUUUGGAAAUUGCAUUGGGAGCCAAGGAUGACCCCACCAUGGGACAUUCCUUUUCCAUGGGUGACAAUGUUGAAGUAUGCGUAGGUGAUUUGGAAAAUUUACAGGCUAAAAUUAUAGCCAUAGAUGGUGGUAUGAUAACGGUUAUGCCCAAACAUCAAGAUUUGAAGGAUCCCUUAGUAUUCAAGGCAAAUGAAUUGCGUAAAUAUUUCAAAACUGGUGACCAUGCUCGUGUAUUGGCCGGUCGUUACGAGGGUGAAACUGGUUUGAUUAUUCGUGUCGAACCAUCACGUGUUGUUUUGGUAUCGGAUUUGACAAAUCACGAACUGGAAGUUUUACCCAAAGAUUUGCAACUUUGCUCAGAUGUGGCAACGGGUGUUGAUUGUUUGGGUCAAUUUCAAUGGGGUGAUUUGGUACAAUUGGAUGCCCAAAAUGUGGGUGUCAUUGUACGCCUGGAACGUGAGAAUUUCCAUGUCUUGGGUAUGCAUGGCAAGGUGAUUGAAUGCAAACCCACCGCUUUACACAAAAGACGUGAGAAUCGUAAUACAAUUGCUUUGGAUGCUGAUCAAAAUCAAAUUCGGCGUCGUGAUAUUGUCAAGGUCAUGGAAGGACCACAUGCAGGCCGCUCGGGUGAAAUUAAACAUCUGUAUCGCAGCUUGGCUUUCCUCCAUUGCCGUAUGUACACGGAAAACGGUGGCAUCUUUGUGUGUAAGACACGCCAUCUUCAAUUGGCCGGUGGCAGUAAAUCGCAAACAAAUAAUUUUGGGCCAUUGGGUGGUUUGGGUUUUAUGUCGCCACGUAUACAAUCACCCAUGCAUCCAUCAGGUGGCCGUGGAGCCAGGGGUGGAGCCAGAGGUCGUGGUGGUUUCCAGGUUAGACGUGAUCGUGAAAUUUUGGGCAAAACAAUUAAAAUCAGUGGUGGUCCUUAUAAAGGUGUUGUUGGUAUUGUCAAAGAUGCCACCGAGAGUACAGCUCGUGUGGAAUUACACACCUCGUGUCAGACCAUCUCAGUCGAUAGAAAUCACAUUGCCAUUGUUGGUCCAGCUGGUAAGGAUGGCAGUCUCUCUUCGUAUGGCCGCACACCGGCACGUACUCCCGGCUAUGGUUCGCAUACUCCCAUCUAUGCGGCUGCCGGUUCCAAGACGCCAUUGCUUGGCAGUCAAACACCCAAUUGGGAUUCUGAGGGUCGUACACCGUAUAGCAGUUCUAUGACACCUCUGCACGAUGGUAGCAUGACACCACGCCACGGUGCCUGGGAUCCAACUGUUACCAAUACCCCAGCUCGCAGCAAUGAUUUCGAUUAUUCCUUGGAAGAACCAAGUCCCAGUCCUGGCUAUAAUCCCAGCACACCCGGCUAUCAAAUUAAUACCCAAUUUCCACCCCAAACACCUGGUACCCUAUAUGGUUCAGAUCGCAGCUAUAGUCCAUUUAAUCCAAGCCCAAGUCCAGCACCAUCUCCUUAUCCGGUGGGCUAUAUGAAUACCCCAUCACCGUCAAGUUAUUCACCCAAUACUCCAGGUGGGGGAGCACCCAAUUCGCCAUACAAUCCUCAGACACCUGGCGCCAGUUUGGAAUCACCCAUCGGUGAUUGGUGUACCACAGAUAUUGUGGUUAAAAUUCAUACCCAUGAUGAUGCUGAUCUGGUGGGUCAAACCGGUAUUAUACGUACCGUAUCGAACGGGGUAUGUUCAGUGUUUUUGCAGGAGGAGGAUCGCAGUGUAUCGGUGGUAUCGGAGAAUUUGGCACCUGUUUCCCCAGCCGAAGGUGAUGAAUUUAAGGUCAUCUAUGGUGAUGAACGUGAAUCUGUGGGCAAGAUUCUUUCGGUGGACAAGGAUUCAUGUGUGUGCAAACUGAAUGGGGAAGUGAAGAUGAUACCAACUUCACAUUUGGCCAAAAUGAAAUCGAUUGAUUAAAUAUUUUAAAU